UUUAAUUUGUGUAAUAACUUUACUACACAAUGAAGUUACCAUUCUUGUAUGGUAUUCUUUGCUACAUAUAUUGCAGGAAUAAAAUUCUUUCCACUUUUAUGCGCUUCUAACACUUUUUUUCCCUGAAUUGCCAACCACUUUGAAGCCAUCACUGGGUAAGCUUAAAGUUUUGUACGUAUUAUAUGGCAACAGAAGAAGCUGUUUUACCUGUACUUACAUCUUUAAUACAAAAAGUAAGAGCUCCAUUUAUCGUCGAAGAAGUUUAUCGAGAUUACAGUCGCUUAAAACAUAAGAAAAAACUACUGAAGUACUUAGAAGUACUUCAGUACCUGGAAGCAAUCUCAACAACUUGAACGUUUAAAAGCAACGCAUAGUCUACUGGAAUAGUAAUUUGUAUGAGUAUGAAAAUUUUGAUUAAAAAAAUUUAACUCUGGCAGAAAGGACUCAAUCCUUUGUUGGAUUAACAUUCUAAAUAACUACACAUAAGAAAAUAUUAUGGAUAAGAUACGCAACAAAAUGCAAACAUCAACGCCUUUAGAUGCUAAGAAGCUAAUCGAUUAUCCCAAAUCAAAUGCCGUAACUCAUAUUAAAAACCGUAUAACUGAAGCCACAUCAACACCCGUGAAUCGUUUAUCACAUGACAAUUGCGUGAACGCAUCAAAUAUGAUAACGCCAUUGCCAAAUCCUAAAGCUAACAAAACGCAGAAAUAUAAUGAUUUCAAAACGGAUUUGAAAUGGUGCUUAGAUACUAUUCAAACUAUUUCAUUCCAAAAGUACAAUAUCGAAGCAAUACCAAUUACCAGUCAGGAAAGUAUUUUGCUUCGAGAUCUAAUAUAUGUGCUUACAGGAAUGCAGGGUUCGUAUAUUACUAUGAACUAUAAUGGAAAAGUGACAAAUCAAUUCUUAAAUAAAUUUACUGUCGAAUAUGAGAUAUCGCCUCAAGUGCAUAGUACAUUGCAAGAUAUAACGCGCGAAAUUUUGCCUUUAGCUAAAUAUUACCUCUGCAUUCAUCACUAUAUGGAAUUAUGGAGUUUCUCUAAUUCAGGGCAAGUCAUGGAAGCUUUAAGUGAGGCGUUAAGAAAAUUGAUGCAUGAUUAUUAUUUACUUUUAGCGCAGUUGGAGUCUGAACUUGAUAGUGGAAAACUUAGCUUGCACAAAAUGCUUUUUUAUAUACGGCCUACUUUAAACACAAUGGAAAUUUUAGAUAGUGUUAUCACGGAUAUAGCAAUGAACAAUGUUAGAGGUGGUGCUGUGCUUACAGUUCUUUACAACAAAAUUGGGGCACUAACUGGUGAUGAGGAAUCUCAAAAAUUUAUUAUUCAAUUGACUGAAAUGGCAGCGGUUCCGUAUAUGGAUAUUCUGCAGCUGUGGAUACAGAAGGGUGUUAUAAACGAUCCACAAAAUGAAUUUCUAGUUGAAGAUAAUGAAAUUAUUACUCAAAAAGAAACACCUGCUGGUUACUCUGAGGGUUAUUGGGAAAAACGAUAUGUCAUUCGUCGCGAAGUCACACCUUGUUUUUUAGAAAAAUUAGUAGACAAAAUAUUGCGGACAGGAAAAUAUUUAAAUGUUAUAAGACAGUGCGGAAAAAAAGUAACGUGUCCACAUAGUGUUCAAUUGCGCUUUUCACCAGAUGAUCACAGUUACAUUUCCGUUAUAGAAGAUGCAUACCAUUUUGCUUCACAAAAUCUUCUAGAAGUUCUACUUAAAGAAAAUGAUUUGAUGGGUCAUAUUUUAUCAGUGAAACGUUACUUGUUACUGUAUCAAGGCGAUUUUAUAGUACAAUUCAUGGACGCUUGUGAUGAUGAAUUAGCAAAGCCAGUAGAUAAAGUACUGCCAACAAAAUUGGAAAGCCUUUUGGGUUUAACAUUAAGACUUUCAUCUGCUAAACAUGACCCUUAUAAAGACGAUGUGCAUUGUAAUCUUCUGACAUAUGAUUUACAUACCGAAAUAUCGAAAAUAUUUAAAAGAGACGGAGAAUUAACAGAAUCAUUCGAUUUGAUGGGCGUGGAGUGUUUCGCAUUCGAAUGUGGAGUGGAUUGGCCGAUUUCAUUGGUAUUGGACAAAAUCGCUAUACGCAAAUAUCAAAUUCUUUUUCGGCAAUUAUUUAUUUUGAAGCAUGUAGAGCGGCAGCUGUGCAAGAUCUGGAAAGAGAAUUCCGUUUGUAGAAAUUUUUUACCACAUUCAGCGGAACUUUAUCGUUCGGCAUUUACGCUGCGCCAACGUAUGAUGAACGCUAUACAAAAUUUGGAAUAUUACAUGAUGAUUGAAGUAAUAGAACCAAAUUGGCACAUAUUUUUACAGAAAAUGGAAAAGGUGCAAAAUGUUGAUGAAGUGUUAUUCCUUCAUCGGGACUUUCAGGAUACUUGCAUAAGAAACUGUUUGUUGUCAGAUGAAUUUAGACUUUCUCGAAUUAUUUACCCACUUUGCAAAAUAUGUUUGAAGUUCUGUGAUUUUAUACAGCAGUCGCAACGAUUGUUCUCUGACGCGGAGCUUAAGUCUAUGGUGUGCGACAGCAACGAUGAUGAUAAUUCUGAUCCCGAAUAUGAUAUUUCGAGUCAGAAACAGGUGGAAACCGCCCUGGCGCCAACAGAUACUUUUUCGCAGCGUGUAAAAACUUUCGAUUUGGAGUUUUCGGAACUUGUAAUUAAUCUACUAAGCGAAAUAAAUAAAGUCGUUGUGAAGUACUCGUCGGAGAGUUUCUUGAACCUAGUUCACCGUAUGAAUUUCAACGGGUUCUACAAUAAUCAAAUCGACAAGAAUAUGGGUCGGUGAAGGAAAUGAAUUCACAAAUUCCUAAAUGGGAAUUUAUUUUAAUCCACACAAUUAAUUCAUUGCUUAUAUUUUGCAUAAGAUUUUUUUACUUUUACUUUUAA